AUGGGGGAGGAGGAGGCCCGGGAGAGCGGGCGGGCGCCGCCCGAGCUCGUGCGCGAGGCCGAGGUCAGCCUGCUCGAGUGCAAAGUGUGCUUCGAGCGCUUCGGUCACCGGCAGCAGCGGCGCCCGCGCAACCUGCCGUGCGGACACGUGGUGUGCCUGGCCUGCGUGGCCGCCCUCGCGCACCCGCGGACGCUAGCCCUCGAGUGUCCCUUCUGCCGGAGAGCCUGCCGGGCCUGCGACACCAGCGACUGCCUGCCGGUGCUGCACCUCCUGGAGCUCCUGGGCUCCAGCCUUCAGCCUGCUGCGGUCCCCGGCGCCGCCGCCUGCGCCCCGGGGGCCCUCACCUGCCACCACGCCUUCGGCGGUUGGGGGACGCUGGUGAACCCCACGGGCCUGGCCCAGUGUCCCAAGACCGGACGGGUAGUGGUGGUGCACGAUGGCAAGAGGCGCGUCAAGAUCUUUGACUCCGGGGGAGGCUGUGCCCAUCAGUUUGGAGAGAAGGGGGCCGCUGCGCAUGACGUCAGGUAUCCACUGGACGUCGCCGUCACCGACGACUGCCACGUGAUCGUUACCGACGCCGGCGACCGCUCCAUCAAGGUGUUUGAUUUCUUUGGCCAGAUCAAGCUUGUCAUCGGAGAGCAGUUCUCCCUGCCGUGGGGCGUGGGGACCACCCCGCAGAACGACGUCGUGGUCACUGAUGCGGAGGCUGGGGCCCUGCACCUGCUCGAAGUGGAUUUCCCGGAAGGGGUUCUUCGGAGAAGCGAAAGGUUGCAAGCUCAGCUGUGCAGGCCUCGCAAGGUGGCUGUGUCUUGGCUCACUGGGGCCAUCGCGGUCCUAGAACACCCCUGGGCCCCCGGGACGGCGGGAGACAGCACCAGGGUGAAGGUGUUCAGCUCUGCUAUGCAGCUCAUUGGACAGGUGGAUACCUUCGGUCUGAGCCUCGUCUUUCCCUCCAAAAUAACUGCUUCAGCAGUGGCCUUCGACCACCAGGGGAACGUAAUUGUUGCAGAUACCUCUGGUCCAGCCAUCCUGUGCUUGGGGAAACCCGAGGAGUUUCCUGUACUGAAGCCCCUGGUCACCCAUGGGCUCUCCCAUCCCGUGGCACUGACCUUCACCAAGGAGAAUUCUCUGCUUGUGCUGGAUUCUGCAUCCCACUCUGUCAAAGUCUAUAAAGUUGACUGGGGGUGACCAGGUGGGCCCGGGAUCCUGGGGACUGGAGUCAGAAAUGCUGGUGUCUGUUGAUUCCUGGAUAAGUCGCUUAACCCAUCCAUUCAGACAGGAAUAACAACGGCUUGGCCGAGUUACAAAUUUGGGGCACUCAUUAAAGACUAAUAACUACAUUA